CACACCUUGUACUAGCUAAUUCUAAACUGAGCAGAGAAGAUGAAAUUUCAUUAUGUGAUUGUACUAUUGACGUUUGCUGCAGAGAUUUAUGCAACUGAGAUAUUUGAAGAUAUUGAUCUGUGUUCAGUUGAAAUGAAUCUACCAAAUAACUCAAUCAUUUACAUGUCAGGAAACCCAUGUGGCCAGGAUCAGCAAAUUGAAUGUUUUAAUCUUAAUAAUGGAUCUAAAAUUGACACUAUAAAUCGUAAUGAGAGUAAAGAAGGAAUACAUGUAUGCCACCUUAAUGAUGGAAACUUUUUAUUUGCAAUAUAUCUUUGCUCUAAUUAUCCUAUGCCAUUGUCACUUUCUGAUUAUCAUCUGAGUCUGGCAGAGAAUGAAACUUUGUUAUAUUUUAGAGCUAAUAAUGGGCCAAUCAACAGCAUAAACUGUUCACUUAAUGAUCAAGAAAUGCAGCCGGUUCCUUUCAUACAGACAAUAAAAUCAACUUAUUCAACUUUAAUAGAAUUGAUUGUGCCUUUUAAUCAAAAUGAAUUGUGGUACAAUUGUUCAGUAUCAAGCAACAGUAUAGUGUAUCCACCAUGUCCAGAAUCAAAUUAUUCUGUUACGUAUUUUGUUGAUACAUAUUUCAAAGUUUAUUUAACUUCAAAAAAUGAAGCAGCAGUUAACUGGUUGACGUACUCAUAUUGUGACACUUAUCCCACAAUUAACCAAACUGGAUUUGAACUAUUUUAUAAGUUCCCAGAUUCUUAUUCACCAACGUCCUGUAUGCCAGUAUCUACAUUAACAUUAUAUUCAACACAGGCAGUUACCAUAUUCUCUACAGUUACCAUAUUCCCUAGUACUGAAACCACCUCAACACAAGAAUCUGCAGCUGCACAAGAAUCACUUUACGCUGGAAUUGGAGUACUUGCAUUUACUAAUGUCAUUACAUUAAUUGUUCUACUAUUAUGUUCAUUAUUCUGGGUGAAUCAAAGAAAGAAGAAGAGAUUUAACAUAAGUGAGAGGGAACAAACAAUAUCUUUACAGAACACCUCUCCUCAAACUGAAGAUACAAGCCACAACAAUGAAACUAGUCCAACCAGUAACAAUAACACUAACAUUACUUCUGCUACUAACAUAUACUCCUCAGUUGAAAAUGAAGUUGAUCAUCAUCAUCAUCAUCACCGCCCACCAGUAAGAGUAGCCAGUCAAUAUGAAGUACCUCUGGACUUAUUACAACAAGCACAUGUCCCUCUCCCUCCUCCUCCUCCUCUUUAUGCUACACUUGAUGAUCAACAUGAUCUUACUCUACCCAACUCUGAGUAUAUUACUAAUACAGCAGUAACAGCACCUAAUCCUGGUUAUAUUACUAAUAUAGUACCUAAGGUUAAUCCUGGGUAUAGUACUACUGCUAUCAAAGAAGAAGGAGAAGGNGGAGAGAGAGGAGAGGGAGAGAGAAGAGAAGAAUUGGAUUAUAGUUAUGCCACUGUUAAUAAGUUCCUCAAGAAACCCACUGAGGACACUGAGUAUAAUAAACUCCAGCAUGAAUAGUAUAUUACAUAGUUUGCUUGUGUGUGUGUAUACAUUCAAUUAACUUUCAGUUUCAAUUUGUGUGUAUGUAUAUCUGAUGUCUAAUCAGUCUCUUCCUUUUCAUUAUCAUAAGUUUUAUUUUCAUAGUCUUUUGUAUUAUUAUUUAGUGCUGUCAUAAUUUUCCCCAAAUGCUACACAACAUUGCCGCUUGAUU